AUGACUCUAUCUCCUGCUCAUGAAGAUAGACGUGAUCUUAAUUGGAUACCUCCUGAUAUAAACUCUCUGAAAAUUAAUUGUGAUGGCUCAUUUCUUGAUACAAAUAAAACAGGUGGUCUGGGACUAAUCAUUCGUAAUUUUGCAGGUGAACAUCAAGGUUGCAAAUGUAUCUUCUUGAAUAGAGUGGAGAAUGCAGAACAGGCGGAAUGCAGAUCACUUUGGGAAGCGGUUCAAUGGGCAAAAGAGAUGAAGCUGGAAAGAGUGGAGUUCGAGCUCGAUUCAAAGCUUGUUGCAGAUGCUGUGAACAAUGAGAGUUUCAGUAUCGAUUGGAGAAUUCAUAAUAUGAUAUUGGAUAUAAAAAUUUUAUUUAAAGUGUUUACCCUUUGGAGUUGUUCUGAUGUUCCAAAGGAAAAAAAUAAAGUAGUUGACAUUUUGUCCAAGCUAGCUAGAGUAGAAAGAUUAAGUAGUGUUUGGCUUACAUUUCCUCCUAGUAAUAUUGAUGCUCAGUUACAGGAGGAUACAUCCUUUGUAAACACUCAUAAUUAA